AUGAGAGGAAAAGAGGCAUCAGUUCUGGUCUUCUCGGGCCUCGCGGUGCUAGCGGGCGCCAGAGAAGUCCAGGUCGACGACGUCCCCGUCGAAUGCGCAACAAUAUGCGGGCCCAUCGUCGAGCUUACUUUCAAAUGCGACGUUGACAAUACCUUCGACGAGCUCAAGAGACUGAAGAGGAGGAAAGUCGACGCACCGCAAUACAAACCGCCGCCAGAAAGACGACAGGCGAAGAGACCAUCACCAGCAGGCGCACACGGAGUCGUUCGCCGCCACCACCACCGCAGACCAAACCAAAACGACGCGGUCGAGGCAUCGACACCCGGCCUAGACGAGCCUCAAGCUACAAAUGUUGCACAACAGCCUCCUCAAGAUGCGCAACAACCUGCCCAAGACGCGCAGCAGCCGGCCGUGGAUGCUACACUCGGCUUCAUUGCCACGCUGCCCUUUUCUGCCCCCGCACCGGAGAUUCCGUUGAGCACGAGUACGCCGGAUGCCCAGAACACACCUACACCCUCGGCACCGCCUCCUCCUCCACCACAGGCGACGCCAUCAAUAGAUCCUCCGCCACAGGUACCGCCGCCUGUGCCUGUCUUGAUCACAUCCACUGUGUUCCUGACUGUGUCGGCGCCGACGAUACCCACUCCGGCGCCGCCACCGCCGCCUCCACCGGUACAGGCUCCCCCGCCCGUCCAGGCCCCACCUCCGGUGCAAGCUCCGGCCCCGAUCCAAGCACCGCCUCCGGUUCAGCCGCCUCCGGUGAUCACAGCCCCGAGACCUCAACAACCGCCACCACCUCCUCCACCAUCAUCGACGUCAAGGCCCGCGCCUCAGCAACCUCCAGCCCAACAGCCGCCGCCACAGCAGCAGCCUCAACGUCCGCCACCGCCACCGCAAGAGCAACCCGCUCCUUCAUCAUCUCAGCAAACCACACCCCCGAUGCUCCAGCCGACACCACCACAGCAGCUUCAACCUCCUCAGGCGUCUAUGAGCAACCCGGCUGCGAUACCCAUCAUGGGACCGGGCUCGGAGAAGCAACCGGAUAACAAGUCGCCUAACGACCGUGAAGAAGCCGAGAAGCAGUGUACUUGUUCGAACAAGAGCUUCGACGUGCAGUUGCUGGCUGGGCUUUGUCAGAGUUGUAUCCGGAAGACUGGAAACCGGGCAAACAACCUGGACUUCAUCAUGAAGGAGUGCAACUUUGUGGAAUCGACAUACACGCCUGAUAAAGAUCGGCUCGUCGAUAAUAUCCGCGUCGUCGCAGAGAAGCCGUUUUUGACGUCCAGCGGAAACGUCAUGGCUGACGCUGGUAGAAUAGGGGCUGGAUGCGCUGCUGCUAUGGCAGUGGCUGUUAGUCUUGUGGCUGGGAUGGCGAUGCUUCUCUAA